AUGCAACGUAUAAGUCAAGGAUUUGCGUGGAGCUUUCAUAUGUUGGCCCGAAGUAGUAUCAGAUAUGUUUAUAAACUAGCAAAGGAAGCAAUAGUUUAUGUGUAUCCUCCUCGCAAAACGACUUGCACUAUCUGUUUAAAUGAUAACAUUGACAUAAAUCAGAUGUUUUGUGUUGAAAAAUGUCGUCAUGAGUUCUGUUCCAAGUGCGUGAGACGACAUAUAGAGGUGAGGCUACCCGAGGGAAGUGUGAUUAGAUGUCCUGCUUACCGUUGCAAAUCCGAGCUUACUUGUGAAAGCUGUGCCAAUCUUUUGACACCUAAACUAAUAAAGAUGUGGCAAGAAAGGAUCAAAGACGACUCAAUUCCUAUAAAUGAGAGAGUUUAUUGCCCAAAUCCGAGGUGCUCGGCUUUAAUGUCUUUAGACGAGCUCUCUAAACCUGUUAAAGAAGAUGAAGUUAGAAGAAAGUGUUUUGAAUGCAAUCAACUCCUUUGCAUUAAAUGUAAAGUUCCUUGGCAUAUUGACUUGUCGUGUGGCGAUUACAAGAGAUUGGGUCCAAAUCCUAAUGUUAAUGAUAUGAAGUUCAAAGGUUUAGCAAAUAGGAAAAGGUGGCGUGAAUGUGGAAAGUGCGAACGCACGAUCGAACUUUCAGAAGGAUGCAUCAAAGUAACUUGCAUAUGUGGACAUAAGUUUUGCUACCAAUGUGGAGCCAAGGCUGGAGGUUGCCGUCAUGGUGCUUACCAUAUCUAUCUUCCAACGCCACAACUGCCGUAUAUAACAUCUUGA